CUACAAGCUCACAUCUCUUGCACCAUAUCCAUAAUUCUAGCCCAUCUUCCACCGCUCCAAGCCCCUAUAAAUCACUUCACUUUUAUCACACCUCUGCAACAUUACAUUAUUUCUCCUCUCUCUCUCUCUCUCUAAAAACAUGACUGCUCUCUCUCCAAAACCCAUGGGCCUCCUCCACCUCGCACUCCUCUUCUCCACCUUUGUCUUUGCUCUCGGCACAGCCACAAUAGCCCAGCCACCCACCGCCCUUGCACCAGCCCCAGCUCCUCACCACCACAAGCCCGGAGGUCACCACCACCACCACAAACACGCACCCACCCCAGCCCCCGCACCCCUCGCUAAACCACCCACCCACGCCCCCGCUCCUUCUCCUCUCAAGCCCCCAGUCAAACCUCCAGUUCAGCCAGUCAAACCACCAGUCAAAGCACCAUCUCACGCCCCCACUCCCCUCCCAGCCAGGAAGCUCGUAGCUGUUCAAGGCGUUGUCUACUGCAAGCCCUGCAACUACACUGGCGUCGAAACUCUCUUGGGAGCCACUCCCCUUCUCGGUGCUGUGGUGAAGCUACAAUGUAACAACACAAAGUACCCACUAGUAGUCCAAGGCAAGACAGACAAGAAUGGCUACUUCUCACUUAAUGCCCCCAAGACAAUCACCACCUAUGGAGUCCACAAGUGCAGAGUGUUUGUGGUUUCUUCGCCUGAGAAGAAGUGUGACAAGCCCACCAAUCUGCGUUACGGAGUGAAGGGUGCGAUCUUGGAGAAAUCAACAAAGCCACCAGUGUCUACAAAGACUCCUGCUACCUUUGAAAUGUUCAGUGUGGGUCCAUUUGCUUUUGAGCCUUCUACCAAGAAGCCAUGCAGUCACUAGAGUGAAUAGACAAAGGGGUGUGUUUUUGUGUCAUCAAAAUUUGCAAGGUUAAAGAUUUUGAGUUGGUUUAUUCAAGUGGUUGUUGUAAUGGUGAUGGUUGUGGAGUUUUUAAUCUUACUAGUUAGGAUCCAGUAUGGUCUCUUGUUGCUUGUUUCAUUAAUGUAUCCAAAUCUUUGCUGGCAAUAAAGACAUUUGAGAGAUCUUAUAUGAA